AGUUCAAAGUAAAGUCAAUUUUUCGUAUGAUUCCAUUUUAAUUUUCAUCAAACCAACCAAAUUCUGCCCGGAUUUCAAAAAUCCCAUUCAAAUGAGCCAAGGCCAUUUUCCAGGCGGUGCGAAUCACUGGUCAAACGAGUUGUCGAAAAUUUAGAUGCAUUCAUUAUUUGUUUUGAGCAAACAUGUCUUGUUUGGCUGGCCUUGUUUGCGCACAAUUUGCUUUGCUGAUUAUUUGGCUGACAUUUUAUAAGGCAUCCUUCAAAAUAUUUAAACACCCUGUUGACAUUUUACACGGCAAUCAUUGAAACCAGAUUUUUCGUGAUUUUGUGAGACUUUCAAGCCUAACUUGACUAUAACUACACUUAACAAUGGCGGUGGAUGUACCUCUUGCUGCAGAUCAAGCUUCUAGGAAAGAUGAAAUCUCAAAAGUUCGACACUUUUCGGUAACUGGUGCUCCAUCUAAUGACAAUGCGAGACUCUCAACGCUUCCUGAUCCAGACAGGCCAGAAAAUUCAGAUGCGGUGUUAGGAGGAAGUAGAAAAAUGAGCGAACCUACGCCGCGCGAACUUACGCCGCAGCAAAUUAGAAACAAGAAUCUGAUUUUGACCAUGAACGGAUACUGUCGGACGACACUUCUGAGAAGUACGUCGCCAACUUUCGCAUCUGAACAUGUGAGGAGGCCGAGUUUGUCAACUUUCAGGCCGAGAAGCGCGAACGAAAUGGCUCCGUCGCGACAGCUGGAGAGAAGCUACUCUGAAGCGGACUUGUCCAAGUUUGUAGAGACAGACAAGACGAAGGAGGAGGCCAAACAGGAGCUAGAGAAUUCAAGAAAUGAUUCUGCCAAACGUGAAAAAAAUGAAGAUUGUGUUCGCGAGGAGCAAACUGCAGCCGAAAUAAUGACAGAAGUUCCGAUUGAUGCACAAAAAAAAGAGGGCGAGGAAAAGAAGGGGGAAAAUCCAGCGGUUACAGAUGUGCAGCAGAGCGGUUGCAAAAUUGUGAUGAAUAUUCGACCCCCGGUUGACCAGCGGGAAAAUGGGCAACCGGAACGCUACCAAGACAAUCCGGGAGCUGGAAAGGACAGAAAGGAGAGUGGCGGAAACCCGAGUUACGGGGCUAUUACGCAACAGCCAAUGUCCUGUGAGGCUAAAAUGCAAAAACUAUUCUUCGAAUGGGAAUAUUUGAACGAUACAGGCCAAGAAACAACAAGUCUCAUUGUUUCGGUUGAAGUGGAAAAGAUACAAGCGAAGAAGAGAUAUUCCUGCUGCUGCGCGUUCCCUUUCAAAAGAUAGCAAAUGCAAAUUGAUUUAUAGUAGUUGAGUUGAACUGAACACGACCAUUUUAUAGGUUUUAAAAUACUAAGGUUAAUAAGGCGACAGAACACUAAGAAGACUAAAUAUACUUGCAGCUUUCUGAUUGGUUGUAUCUUUCUUCUUUCUCAAAAACAAGGUUCUUGAAUAUUGAAAAUUGAUCAGCGGAAGUAAUUCAGGCUCUUUUUGUUAUUAUUUAUUUGACUUCUCGAAGUUCCAUUAAUUGUCUUGACAGCUAUCGUCUUAUUUGCCGCACACCCUUCAUAUAUUAACUGCUUAAGUUUGAGUUAAAUAUUUUUCAUAAACCGUAUUAUUUUGUGUCACGAUUAUUUCUUAGUUAAAAAUAAUUUGUUUUGUGAAAUUAAAUUUUAUUUAAACGAUUGGAGACAUAUUCUAGCGGAAGACGGCCUUAUGCCAGUUUCAAACGAGCCGUAGUGUUGGUUGUUUUUGAAUAUCACAGAAGUAUUGUGGUUAACAUCUUACUCGCAGGUGCUUGAAAGUAUCAGGGACCCCUAAUGCAUGUUUGAUUGUAAAAGA